AUGUGCACGGUCACAUCGGUCCGGAGGUUGGUGGUGAUGGCCAUGCUGGCCCUACUGGUGGUCCUCUUGCAGUGUCCCGCACCCUGCCAGACGUCGCCGGUCAUGCUCGACAAGCUGUUCGGAUUUGCGGCCUACCAACCGACCUACUCCGGCGGCGGUUACGGUGGCAACCAGUACGGCUACUAUGGGGGUGGGGGCGGAUCUAGCAGCCACACAGGUGCCGGGUUCGGUGGACAUCAGCGUGCGACGGCCAGCUCGAGCCACAAGCGGCAGGCGAAGGGACGCGACUACAAGGACAUCUGCAGGGUGGUAAACCCGGCACCGUAUGCACUGCCCGGGAGGGCACCGUACCCAGCCGCACCCUUCUGUCCGUACUAGUGUAGUUUAAGUGUGUGUGUGAU